AUGGUGGAUGGUCAGAAACCCAAGCGAAAGAUUACGUGGCAAGAAGUUCAGCACCAUUCAACAUACGACAAUGCGUGGCUUGUUAUUCAUCACAAGGUCUAUGACAUUAGCAAGUGGGAUUCACACCCUGGUGGUAUGGUGAUGCUCUCACAUGCGGGUGAAGAUGCCACAGAUAUCUUCUCGGUCUAUCAUCCAACGAGCUCUUGGAAGCUUCUCGACCAAUUCUACAUUGGUGAUGUCGAUGAGAGCACGAGAUCAGAUGACAAAAGCCUAACUGAGGCUCAAAAGGCUAAGAAAGCCAAGACUGACGAGUUUAUUAGUGCCUACCGCCGUCUGCGUGUUCAAAUCAAAGGAUUGGGGCUUUAUGACGCGAAUAUGGUUUUUUACGUAUGGAAAUUCCUCAGCACACUCAGUAUUUGGAUGGCCUCUGUAGCGAUCUGCUGGCACUUUGAUACAUGGCCUAUGUAUAUGCUUGCAGCUUGUAUUAUGGGUCUCUUUUGGCAGCAGUCGGGCUGGCUUGCGCAUGAUGUAUUGCAUCAUCAAAUUUGGGAGAAUCACCUUUUUGGUAACAUCAUGGGUGUCAUCAUUGGUGAUAUCUGGAUGGGUUUUAGUGUGCAAUGGUGGAAGAACAAACAUAAUUUUCAUCAUGCUUUGCCAAAUCUAGUUGGAAAUUCUAAGACCAAGUAUUUUGGUGAUCCAGAUAUCGAUACUAUGCCUCUUUUGGCUUGGAGCAAACACAUGGCUUCUCGUGCUUACGAAUCGAGUUGGGGACCAUUCUUUGUGCGCUACCAAGCCAUCAUUUACUUCCCACUACUGCUGUUUGCCCGGUUUAGCUGGCUAUUGCAAAGUUACUACUAUGUGUUUCAUAACUUUGCCUUUAGCCAGUACGAUCCCUUGGAUCUUCCAAACGGCGAGAAAGUUGGUCUGAUUGUACACUACGCAUGGAAUUUGUUGCUUCCAAUCGUUACAGGCAUGUCUCUGGCUCAAGGCUUAGCAUUUUUCAUGAUUGCACAAAUGUCAUGUGGUGCAUUCUUGGCUGCUGUCUUCAGUGUUGGUCACAAUGGUAUGUCGGUAUAUGAACGUGAAGAGAAACCUCACUUUUGGGAGCUACAAGUCAGUACUACACGAAACAUUACGCCUGGAUUCUUCAUCGAUUGGUUCUGUGGCGGUCUUAACUAUCAGAUUGAGCAUCACUUAUUUCCCUUGUUACCCCGCCACAGUUUGCAGAAGGUGAACCCAUUGGUCAAAUCGCUUUGCAAGGAGUAUGGAUUACGCUACUAUGAGACAGGUUUUUACCGUGGUCUUGUAGAGGUUGUGGAUGAACUUGCUGAGAUCAGCAAAGAAUUCCUGCUCGAGUUUCCUGCAAUGUAA